AUGUUCAUGAUGUGUCCGAUGGCCACCAGUGGUGACAACAUGAACAUUUACGAACGAUUCAAAAACGUGGUCAGCGUAGUGCUAGCAGAGGCUUUCUACAGCAAUGUCUUCGCUGCUGAAAUCGCGGCUUUUAGAGCGAAGUUCGGACCACAGUUUAAAGGCUAUGAGGAGUUAUUAGCUGACGCCUCUUAUGCGUUUACAAAUUCGAAUCCCUACCUUGAUUAUCCACGUCCAAUGCUUCACAAAACGAUCCCGAUCGGGGGAAUCGCCGUAUCGUUCGAUCCCAAAAAGAACGCUUUAUCAAAGGAAUGGGACAGCAUCAUGGACCAGAGAAACUCUACAGUUCUGGUAUCUUUUGGAUCAAUGGCAAAAUCUGUCCUCAUGCCAGAUGAAUACAAAAAGACUCUCCUCGAGGUAUUUGAAAACAUGCCAAAUACGACUUUUAUUUGGAAGUUCGAAGAAGAAGAUUCAAAAUUGGCGGCUCACCUCGAUAAUGUUCACCUCAGCUCGUGGGUACCUCAAAACGCUCUUCUAGCGGAUCCUCGUCUUUCUGUCUUCAUUACUCAUGGAGGUCUAGGCAGCACGACGGAGCUUGCUCAUAUGGGAAAGCCAGCAUUGCUUAUUCCUCUCUUUUCUGAUCAAACUCGCAAUGCGCAUAUGUUGGCAAAGCAUGGCGGAGGUAUUGUUUUGAAGAAGAGCGAUCUCGAGAGUCCACGGAAACUCGCAGAUUCCUUGAAGACUCUUCUUAGUGAUGCCAGCUUUUCGCGGAAUGCCAAACGAUUGGCCGAGAUGCUUCUUAACCAACCGAUCAGCGCAAAACAACUUUUCAUCCAACAUAGUGAAUUUGCUGCCAAGUAA